AUGUAUGCAUGCUUUGUGGUUGAGUCCUCUACUCUCGAGACGAGAACUGUACAAUUCAAUCUCGCUACGAUCGACGACGCUACGAUCAACGACACGAUCGACCACGAAGUCAUCAUUAACGAUAAUGAAACAGAGGCAGGCAGCAUAUAUUCUCCAAGUUCUCAAAAUACGCAGUUGCUGCCGGUAAUAGAGACAACUUCAACUAUUGUGGCACAAUCAGCCGCUGUGGCACAAUGUCUUCCCACCGCCAGAGAAACCUACACUCACGUGGAGACUCAGAGACAAAUGCCGCAUGUGACGUAUUAUAAACAAAAAGACACGGAGGCAGUAGUCAUCAAGAUGGUGGCUGCUAGAAAAAAAUGCCAUGAACAUCACCAAGAGUUUUAUCGAAUGGCAUAUUUCAAACCUGGAACCUUCAACAACAUCUCGGAGGUUGUUACUACAUCGGCAUCAGCAUCAGCAUCAGCUAACUUGGUUGAAAAAGACGACAACAAUAUCGGAACCGAAAGCAGUGUGGCACCGGUGGCACCUCUACUACCAGAUACCUUGAUAGACAACCGUGAUUUUUCACGCGAUGUUCAUCAAGGAACCGUCAUCGUGGCCUCUGUUGGUAUUAAGAUACGGGACCUCAAGGUUUGUGAAAUCUUAGAAGAAUACCACCCUAUGAUGACGGGAAUGAAGGCCGAACAUAGAACCAGAGACAACCGUUAUCUCACCACCCAAAUAUUUGACAUAUUAAAAAGUGUUCCCAAUCACGAGAUAGACAAUCUCUUUCAAGCUUUAACACGUGAAAUGUUAGAAGCUGGUGGUGAACAAAAUGGAUAUGCUAUAUAUCUAACAACGCCCUUUGGUCAGCAUUGGAGACAGCAGAAGAACAUUGUGAUCGGCAACGAAAAUGACACACAAGAGGAUCUUCAAGCAACACCAACAAGCAACAUAAACUUUUACUUCAGAUAUGGACCGUACCCAACGUGCCGUGAGCAGAUCUCACUAAAUUCUGAAACCUUCAUCUUCAUGGCUCCUCGUAUCACCCUUGUGGCAUUUACUACAAACUUGACAGUACAGCACAUUGAAGAAUCUAGAGGAAUGGCUGAUCUCCAUGUGGUGAUCCUAACCUCCAAUGUGGGACCAACACAACUUUUCCCUCUGUUGGCCACGGACAAUUUUAAACGCAUACCCGAAGCGUGCCUCAACGUUGGGUGGCCGUCUCGCCAAUCAGUGUCGUUUGUAGACUAUCGCGGACGAAUGGGUGUGAGAAGAAAACCUGGAGAUUCCAGACCAAUUCCAAAAUUUAUAUUUAAGGCAAACAACCCUCAACUCAUCCUUUUUAUGACUGGACCAUAUGGUGUAAACAUCCCCCUCGAGAUCCGAGCAACCUGCCCCUCGUGCCAAAACAAUAGACGGAACAUCGCUGCUGCAAAAAGCAUUGCGGCCGAGAAGCCAAAUGCAGAUGGCAAUGUGAGCGUUGAUGUUGAGUUAGCAACAUCUCUACCGCUACCGCUGCUACAACUACCACCAUUAUCGCCACCGUCGCUGCUAGCACCAGGAGCAAAAGAAACAGGCGAUGGUAAUGGGAGCGCCACUGCAGCAAAUUGCCGUCCGGCACCUGUCCUGAAGACUAAAUCCUACGCCCAGGAGCUGGUCGUCUUUGUAGAAAGUAAGCGUGCCGGCUACGCCAUCAAAGUACAACCCCACACGGCACGGAACGUUCUCCGGGAAGGGGCGGGUGAAAUUCCUCCAGCGUCUGUUGUGCCAUAA